AUGGACAUCUCUGCUCUGCCCAACAGCAACCAUCCAGAGAAGUUUCUUCAGCUGGAUGUUGGAAUAUUGCCAGCCACACAUGGCAUGUUCCAGGUCGGGGCAGUCAUGUCCAGUCAAAGACACUGGCAAAACAGGGUCUACUCCCAGAGGGAACAACAAAAGGAAACUGAAAGGAGGUCUCCCCCAUCCCCAGAGGGCACUCCUGUGAUGUUUGUGGAUAGAUACCUGGAGAAGCACAUCACUCCAGUCACUCUGCAGUCUAACAUUAAAAGGAACCCUCUCUACAUGGACAUAAGAUUGAUGGACACAAUGGACAGUGACAAGUCCAAGCCUUCCUGGACUGUUAAGGAGUAUGACACACAAACAAUCCAUGGCAACCUUGCAAAUUAUUUGAAGAAGACCCCUAAAGAUAUGGACUUUUGGCUUGAGGAUCUCUACACACCAGGAUUUGAUUCUUUACUGAAGAAGAAAGAGGCAGAACAUAAAAGAAGGAGACUUUGUAAAAUUAUUUUUUCAAUCAUUUUGUCCCUUUGUGUUGUACUUAUUGUUAUUAUAGUGCCAGUUGUGGUUCUACAAAAGAAAAACUGACUGAUGAGGAUGCUGUCUUUGAAUAGUACAGCUCAGUUCUCUGCCUGUGCUGGUCAUAUAUU